AAACGGCCUUUUCCCCUCGAAGAUCAGCCCUUAGCCGAUGCUAUCGAAAAAGACCCUGAAAUCAGGGCAAUAUUUCAAUAAUGGGGUUCGUGAAAGUUGUGAAGAACAAAGCGUACUUCAAGCGGUACCAGGUCAAGUUCAGGCGUCGCCGUGAAGGCAGGACCGACUACCAGGCUCGCCGCUUCUUAGUUGUACAAGACAAGAACAAGUACAACACCCCCAAGUAUCGCAUGAUUGUUCGCUUCACCAACAAGAAUAUCACAUGUCAGAUAGCGUACGCCAAGUUGGAGGGAGACAUGAUUGUAUGCGCUGCAUACGCUCAUGAACUCCCCCGCUAUGGUGUCAAGGUCGGGCUGACCAACUAUGCUGCAGCGUACUGCACAGGACUGCUCCUGGCUCGCAGGAUUCUGAAGAAGUUCAACUUGGACAGUAUCUACGAGGGUCAGACGGAGCCAGAUGGUGAUGACUACUUGGUAGAGUCAGAGGAGGGCAAGGCCGGUGCCUUCCGGUGCUUCUUGGACGUUGGUCUUGCCAGAACCAGCACCGGUGCCAAGGUGUUUGGAGCACUCAAAGGUGCCGUUGACGGUGGUCUGGAGAUCCCUCACAGCAACAAGCGCUUCCCAGGUUACGACUCAGAGAGCAGUGAGUUCAGUGCAGAGGUCCACAGGAAGUACAUCUUUGGCGGUCACGUAGCUGACUACAUGAAAGAACUUCAAGAAGAAGAUGACGAGGCUUACAAACGUCAGUUCUCCCAGUUCAUCAAAAAUGACAUCACACCUGAUACAAUUGAAGCUAUGUACAAGAAGGCCCACGAAGCCAUCAGGGCCGAUCCUGAGGCCAAGCCAAAGAAGGAUUUUGCUGGAAAGACCAAAAGAUGGAACCGUGCCAAGCUCACCCUGGCCCAACGCAGGGACCGCGUCCGGCAGAAGAAAGCAUCCUUCCUUUACGCCAACCAGUCUCACGACUAAGUCAUCAACUCAUCCUCCUCCCCCUCACAUCCUCCAAUAUCAAGUACUUCGAUUCCGGAAUGAACAAUGAACAUGAACUUCACAUGAAAAUACUCUUUUUGGACAAUAUCACUGGGGCUCGUAGAUACUGGCCAACAAUGAAUGAAUGAAUGAAAUAAUGGACUCGUUUAUGACAGAAGUGAUAACAUCGGCAACUGGCAUUGGGCCGGUAUAAAGUGGCUAAUAAAAUAUUGAUGACUUGUA